GCAAAAAUUAAUUUAGACUUCUUAAAGAUACGUGCCGUGCGGUGAAAAGCGUGCCGGAAAAUGCAUAAUGAGCCCGGCUGACCAACAUUUAUCUCUCCAACCGUCGGUAGCUGAUGGAUUCAGAACAAAAGUUCCCCUCCUGUACAGGGGCGCUGCACGACGUAUUUAUUGUUUGGCGCUUUAAGCUCAUCUGCUUUCUGAAAAAAACUUAAGCCUGGAGCUAACCAGAUGGAAGCACCAGAUGCAGGGUUCCCAGGCCGGGAGGCAGCUCAUCACAGGGCACGAACACUAAAUCCUAUAGAGCAGGAAAUCUGGAGAGAGCUCCAGAUGCAAACACUACAUGGGUUUUAAGCCCUAACACUGGAAGUGUGAGAUGAGACACUGAGCAAACAUUCUGCCCCACAAGCCAACUCCCGUGGGUCCACCUAUCCAAUACAGGCUCACAGUGUAUGUGCAGUCUGUCCCAUGACCUAACGUCAUGGUUUGGAACCAAGCAAAGAAACCGGAAUCCCAGCUCUGGCAUUCAGACCCCUACCUGAGUGUAGGCAUCCCACUGUGCCACCCUGGCAUGCUUUACCAAACUGGUGGCUGUAGGUGCUGAGUUAAGCUACUGGGCCUGUUUAUUAGAGAUCUGUGAUCUGGGAUCUUUGGCUAUCAGAGGCCUGAACAGAGGACCACAGCAAGAAACUACAGCAGAAAACUGCCAGGGUGCGUGGACAAACAUGAAAGGUGAGGGUCAGGAGCACUGCGGGGCCUGGAGACUAUCCCAGGCAGCAAAGGGUACAAGGUUGGGGUCCACACUGGAUGGGAUGUCAAAUAAGUUGCACCAGGCAAUUUUACACCACAGAAUGUUGUUUCAAAGGGAGACAAAGGGAUCUAGAAAAAAGUUCUUGGUAAUGUGAGGCUGCCAGAAGCAAUGGCAAUAAAACCCUGCAUGAAGUUCAACAGGUGAGCAUGUUGUACAUGUACCUCCUAACAAUUCAAUUUAAUGUAAGAUCCAACAAUUUGAUUUCAAGUUUUAUUGCUGGGCUUCUCAUUGGCCUGUACAUGCAAUGUCUUCUAGUUCUCCAAACGCUUCAUAAAUGAGACUGGAGGUUCAAAAUGGGAUAUUUAUCUAUCCAUCUACUAACAGUGUUUCCUGGUUAGAGGUAGAGGGGGACCUGAAGUCUCUCUGUGUAAAGCAUGAGGCUAGGGUACAACUGGAUGGGAUGCCAAUCCAUCACAUGUUCUUACCCCAAUUAGCUGCCUGUCUGAGUAACAAACCAACCCCCUCAACAAUGAUCAAGUAUAAGUACUGUGUUAAUACGAAACAUGAAAUAUGUCAAGCACCCGGGUUUCCUUGGAGCAGGGCUAACCACUCCCAGCAGUGUGGGAUCUCCUCCACAAGAAAUUAUUUACAGAGUGAAUACACCUAGUGACAGCGACAGAGCCUAGCCUCUCUGAAGCAGGCAGUGCUGGGAAGCAGUGAGUUUGCACACCUCAACUGGGACAGCUCGACUAGCUGUAUGAGGCAUGUGAGGCUACAGCCAUCAACAUGUCUAUCACUGUUCAUUUAAAGAAGAUCAGCAAUCUGCCAGGGAAAUAUGAUCGCAAAGUAGAGCUGACCUUCAGAGACUUCACAUACAAAACCAAGAUCCUGCAGUGUGAAAAUGUGGCCAUCUUCAAUGAGCAAUUUAGGUGGCCUCACUAUGGGAAGGUUAUCAAAGACGAGAUGCUCUCCAUCAGCGUGUUUAACAGCAGCAGAGUCUUCAGCAACAGGUUGUUAGGGAAGCUGGUCAUCAGCCUUCAGCAUGUAGUGGCUUCUGGAAGGCUGUUGCUGCGGGAACCUCUGAUUGACAGCAACUACAGCCUGACGGAUAUGUACAUUGAGCUGGAGGUGCGGUACCACCCCGUGCAGGGGGCAGCUGGAGGCUGGGAGAUAGAGGAGUUCGUCAGCGCAGAGGAUGGAGAUGAGCCUGGACUUGUAAUCCAAAAUUCUGGCAUCUUUGAACCAGGUUCCAAGCAGAUCGGGCGACCAAAUCUGCUGGACCGGCAGACGAGGAAGCUGGGCCGCAGCCUUCUGAAGAACGGUGAUGAUGAUGACGAAGAAUACGACGAUGACGACGACGAUGACUAUGACACAGCGGACAUCGAGAUUGCCAACAUGACUUUCACAUCCAUCCUCAGUCGCUGCAGACCACUGUCCAAGCACGUGCUAGCCGCUGCUCCCAGAGUGCAGUCCUUCCAGGUGAACGUCAAUGUGGUGGAGGCGCAGAAGCUGGUGGGAGUGAACAUCAACCCGGCCGUGUACGUGACGGUGGGCGAGGAGAAGAAGCACACCACCACGCAGAAGUCGACAAACUGUCCUUUUUAUAAUGAGAACUUCAUGUACGAAUUCCAGGAGACACAAGAAGUUUUAUUCGACAAAGUAAUUGAGAUAUCAGUUGUCCACAAAAAGACUCUGGGAUUACUUAUGACGCGAAUUGGCAACUUUAAGAUCGACAUCAGCACAGUCUACAGCCAGCCAGACCACCGGUUUUACCAGAAAUGGGCCCCACUCACAGACCCGAAGGACACACGGACGGGGGUCAAAGGUUACGUCAAGUGCACCGUGAGCGUGGUAGCCAAGGGAGACGCCAUAGGCAUACCCAGCAUCCCUAGUGUUGGCAGCCAGAACGACGAAAUCGAAAAGAACCUUCUCCUGCCCAAGAGGAUGCCAGUGGAACGACCAUGGGCCAAGUUCCUGCUGAAGAUCUACAAGGCAGAGGGCCUGCCCAGCAUGAACGCCGGCUUCCUGGGAAGCUUCUCAAAGAUGAUGGGAGAAAAGAAAGUCUUCAUUGAUCCCUAUGUGCAGGUCACAUUUGCAGGACAGCAGGGUGAAACUUCAGUUGAAAGCACCACUAAUGUUCCCCAGUGGAAUGAACAGAUCUCCUUCAUCGAGCAAUUCCCCCCUCUUGCUCGACGAAUCAAAAUUCAGAUCCUUGACGAUGCCAACAUUGGUGAUGUUGCAGUAGCAACGCACUUCUUGGACUUGCAGCAAGUCUCUGACCCCAACAGGAAUGGGUUUCACCCCACAUUUGGGCCAUCUUGGAUUAACCUGUAUGGCUCGCCCCAGAACUCUACCCUCAGGGAUAUCCACCGCGACCUGAAUGAGGGUCUGGGUGAAGGCAUCUUCUACCGGGGCCGCAUUCUGAUCUCCUUGUCCGUGGAGGUGUAUACAUCUCCAUCCGCGGCCAUCAUAGAGAACAAGGCUGCAGCUGCUGUUAAGAGCACCCUCAGCAAGCUGACGCGAAGAAAGAAGAGCAAGAAAUCCAAGGAGAAGAGGAAAAACGAAGCGGAAGCGAUGCAGAGUGGAGCGGGAGAAGAGCCUGAAGAUUCGAGUUCAGAGCUACCCAGCGCAGUGACCGUGGAGGUGGAAGAGAUUCACCCUCUCCCAGAGAAUUUUCUGGGCCAGAAGGAAGAAUUCCUACUGUUUGCAUCUCUUUUUGAAGUGACCAUGAUUGAUCCAUCUGUAGGAAACAAGUUGCUCACAUUUGAGUUAUCCAUUGGGAACUACGGCAAGGCAGCAGAUGUAGUGGUGAAAUCCAAGAAGAGCGUGGGCCCGGAUAGCCAAGGGGAGGACACGCAGCCACUGCUGGACGCUUCAGAGGACGAGCUGGAGAGAGAACAGAUCACUGACCCAGAUCCUUUCGCCAAAUCCGUCACUGCCCCCCGAAGACCACAGCCCACGGAGUACGACAGGUCCUUCAGUUGCAUUCCAAUGCUACAAGAAAAGCCAUGUAUCUAUGUGUGGAACUACUUCGAGGAUCACAGCUUUCGCAUUUACAAUCGCAACUGGCUCUCCAAGAUGGGAGACAGGCUGGAGCACGGAAUCGACAAGGUGGAGAAACUCACCAAGAGGCCGAGGAGUAAGGCCAAGGAGAGGCUAGUGGAGGUGCUGCUGGAGUUUGUGGCCAGCUGCAGGCAGUACGGCUCGAGCUUAAACCGAAAAACGAUGGUGCGAGCAAACAACCUGGACAGAUAUCGCAUGGAGUUGAUCAAGAAAAACAUUAUCCUCUUGGCUAAGCAAUCCCUGAGAGCGCGGCGGAGAAUCACCAACCGCACCGUCAAAGAGAAGCUCAGUGACGCGAAGAGAAUCCUGAAGAAGAUGCGCUUUCUGGCCCAGGAGCCCCAAAGCACGCUGCCCGACGUCUUUCUCUGGAUGAUGAGUGGGGGGAAGCGCGUUGCCUUCGCCAGGAUUCCCUCGCACACGAUCCUUUUUUCCCUGGUGGAGGAAGAGAAGGGCAAGGACUGCGGUAAAAUCACCACCAUCUAUAUGAAGACACCCGGAGCGCCAAUCGGUGAGAUAUUUGCCAAGCUAGAGGUAUACUUCUGGCUCGGGGUCACCAAGUAUGCCAAGAACAAUAUAAGCAGCCUUCCUGCUGAAUUCCGGCCUGUCUGCGAGGAGGCUCUGUCUAGCAUGACCAUCCCGCCCAACAUGCCUCCUACCAAGCUCCUCUGUGAAGACAGCCGUUACUUUCAGCUACGGGCCCACAUUUACCAGGCCCGUGGGAUCCUGGCCGCUGACGACAAUGGGCUCUCAGACCCCUUUGCGAAAGUGGUGUUUUCAACACAGUGUCAGGUGACGCGGAUAAUGGAGGAGACUCUGUCCCCUACCUGGUGUGAGCUGCUGCAGUUCGAGCAAAUCCUCAUCGAGGGCAGCAAAGAGGAGCUGAGGACAGACCCUCCCAUAGUCGUCAUCAGCCUCUUCGACUAUGACAAGAUUGGCAGCGCGGAGCCGCUCGGUCGCGCCUUCGCAGAGCCAGAGAUCAAGUUUGUAGAGGAGGCCUACAAGAAGCCGGCGCUGCAGUUCUUCGACAUCACUAUGGGCAAGGUCCCGGCCGGGGAACUGCUGGCCGCCUUCGAGCUCAUCGAGCUGGACUACGCCCACUUCGGGGAGCCUUCCCUGCCCGUCGAUGUGGACCCCAGAGAACCCGCAUACCUGCCCGAGGAGAGGUACUACGUCAUCCCGGAUGGAGUGAGGCCCGUGCUGCGAAAAUUCCGAAUCGAGGUGCUGUACUGGGGCCUAAGGGACCUGAAGCGCGUGAACCUGUUUGAGGUGGAGAAGCCGCAGGUGUGGAUCGAGUGCGCUGGCCAGAGAAUCCAGUCCGAGGAAAUCGAGAACUACAAGCUCAAUCCCAACUUCAAAGAUAUUGUCAAGCACUUCGAUGUGGAGCUGCCUGAACUUGUCUACCUGCACCCUCCGCUCACCAUCUUCGUCAUGGAGCAGCGUGCCUUUGGCCGGCUGGUCCUGGUGGGCACACACGUCGUCCAAAGCCUCAUGCACUUCGCACCAAAGAAUCUAGAUGAGUGGAAGGAGGAAGAGGAAGAGAUAGAGCCUGAGCCCAAGAAACCUGCCAAAGCAACAACAGCCCUGAACACGGUGAUUAGCAUGGACCUCAGGGGGCUACCGAUCAAGGACACCAAGAUUCCCAUCAACCCGCUAAACUUGGUCACAGCUCCAUUAAGGAAAGGUAAACAGAAGGAGGAGGAGCUUGAGGAGGAGGGGCCUGAAAAGGAGGAACUGGAUUGGUGGUCCAAAUACUAUGCCUCAUUGGCUGAACUGGAGAAGCAGUCUGAGGAGGAUGAAGAAAAUGAAGAUCAGGAAGCAGAAGGUGGAAAUCUUAACAUUGCAUCAAUAGAUGCGGAAGAAGAAGACACGGUGAUAAUUGAAAUGGAGCCUCCAAAGCCCAAAAGGAAGAAAAUAGCAACGCUGAAGCUUUUCAAAUCUGAGCUAGAGAACGAUUUUAAUGAGUUUAUGGACUGGCUGCACACGUUCCCAAUCUACAAAGGCAAGGCCAACUACGACGAUGAAGAUGAGGAUGAGGAUGAGCGUAUCAUGGGGAAAUAUAAGGGGUCCUUUUUGAUUUACCCCAUUUCAAAGGAGGACGAGGAUGAAGAAAUCCAAAUUACCAGUGGGAUCCCCAAAAACGUGCCCAUCAAAGUUCUCGUCAGAGUAUACAUGGUCAAGGCUACAAACCUGGCCCCCACGGAUCCUAAUGGCAAGGCGGACCCCUAUGUGGUGGUGAAGGUGGGACCACAGCAGAUGGAUACAAAGGAUCGCUACAUCCCAAAACAGCUCAAUCCCGUGUUCGGAGAAGUGUUUGAGCUGACGGUGUCAUUCCCCCUGGAAACGGAGCUCAUACUCAUGGUGUUUGACCACAACCUGGUCGGCUCUGAUGAGAUGAUCGGUGAGACACGCGUCGACCUUGAGAAUCGCUUCUACAGCUGGCAUCGUGCAGGGUGUGGCCUUGCCCUCUACUAUGACAGGGAUGGCUACAAUCAGUGGAGGGAUUCGAAGAAGCCAUCUGCCAUUCUGGCCGAUCUCUGCCGCAAGAACGGCAUCGGGCCGCCCGAGUACCGCGAGGCGGAAGUCAAAGUGCUCAACAAGAUAUUCAAAAUACCCAGCGAGGCUUUUCCUGAAGACCUGGUAAAGAAAAACAAGAAGACAGAGGAGGACUUGAAUGAGCUGGACGAGCACAGGGCUCUGAGUGUGCUCCACCGCUGGGGUGAGAUGAGGGAGUUCUGCGUGGGCUCCUGCCCCCUGGUGCCGGAGCAUGUGGAGGUCCGCUCCCUCUUCAACAGCGAUAAGCCCGGCCUGCCUCAGGGAUAUGCGCACAUGUGGAUCGACAUGUUCCCUGUUGACGUUCCAGCGCCACCACCUGUCAACAUCAAACCCCGACUACCAGUCAGCUACGAACUUCGUGUGAUCAUAUGGAACACAGACGAUGUUGUGCUGGAUGAUGUGAAUCCCUUCACUGGUGAGCGUUCCAGUGAUAUUUAUGUCAAAGGCUGGAUCAAGGGCUUGGAAAAUGACAAACAGGAGACAGACGUUCACUUCAACUCGCUGACAGGGGAGGGCAACUUCAAUUGGCGUUUUGUGUUCCAAUUUGACUACCUCCCCACCGAAAAGGAGGUCAUCUACAAGAAGAAGGAGUCCAUCUUCUCCAUAGAUGAGACGGAGUUCCGGCAGCCGGCGGUUCUUGUGCUGCAGGUCUGGGACUAUGAUCGCAUCGGUGCCAACGACUUCCUGGGGUCCAUAGAGCUACGCCUGAAUGAUAUGGUGAGGGCAGCCAAGUCCUCGGAGCAGUGCAGCGUGAAGAUGGCCAAGGACAAGGCCAACCCUCGCUUCUCUAUCUUCCGCAGCAAGAGGAUGAAAGGCUGGUGGCCUGUCAUUAAGCUCAAGAGCCAGGAGGACAUCGAGAGGGAGGAGCGGGAGGCGGAGGAGGCCAGGAAGAACAAGAAGAAGAAGAAGAAGAGCAAGAGGAGCCAGAUGAAGCCAGAAGACCUGCAGUUUGUGGAUGCCAGCGGGAACACUUACCUCCUGAUGGGUAAAGUGGAGGCUGAGUUCCAGUUGGUGACAGUGGAAGAUGCAGAGAAAAAUCCUGUGGGAAAAGCACGCAAGGAACCAGAGCCGCUGGAGAAGCCCAAUCGACCCAAGACGUCCUUCAAUUGGUUCAUGAACCCCAUGAAGACCUUCGUCUUCUUCAUCUGGAAAAAAUACAAGAAGUACAUCAUUGCUCUGCUGAUUCUCGCCAUUUUAACCAUGUUCCUUGCCCUCAUUCUCUACACCCUGCCUGGCCACAUCAGUCAGCUGAUUGUUAAUGGCUGAGCUGAAUAAGGCAGGUCUUCAUUUUGGAUAUUCUCUGCUGUUUGGGUGGAGUGACAUUCGCAGGAGAUUGUGUGAGGGCCAAAGAACACAGAAACAAAGACAUAAUAUAGCAAUAAGUCCAUCAAAAUUGGCCAAAAACAACCAUCUGGGAUUCUUGUUUUUUACUGUAUAUGUAGUGCAUCACAUUUGUGGUCUUGCCAGUGUACUGAUUACAUUAUCAUGAACAAUGCAAUGUAAUAUAGUUGUGCUUUUUAUAGUAUAAAUAAAGAUGAUCAAAGAUA